AUGGACCGCAACCCUUCGCCGCCGCUGCCCAGUCGGGAUGAGGAGGAGGAGGAGGGUGCUGGGGGAGACUGCAUAGGGAGCACGGUCUACAGCAAGCACUGGCUCUUCGGUGUCCUCAGCGGACUCAUUCAGAUGGUUAGCCCUGAAAACACCAAAUCCAGCUCAGACGAGGAGGAGCAGCAGAUGGAGCUCGAUGAAGAAAUGGAGAAUGAAAUUUGCAGAGUCUGGGAUAUGUCCAUGGAUGAGGAUGUGGCUUUAUUUCUCCAAGAAUUUAAUGCCCCUGACAUAUUUAUGGGAGUAUUGGCCAAAUCCAGAUGUCCUCGAUUAAGAGAAAUCUGUGUGGGAAUUUUAGGUAAUAUGGCCUGUUUCCAAGAGAUAUGUGUGUCCAUCAGCAGUGAUAAAAAUCUUGGACAGGUGUUACUGCACUGUUUGUAUGAUUCAGACCCUCCUACUCUGCUGGAAACAAGCCGGUUGUUGCUUACUUGUCUUUCCCAGACAGAAGUGGCCAGUGUCUGGGUUGAAAGAAUCCGGGAAUAUCCAGCUAUUUAUGAUAGUAUUUGUUUCAUUAUGUCAAGUUCAACAAAUGUUGACUUGCUGGUGAAAAUAGGGGAAGUUGUGGACAAACUUUUUGAUUUGGACGAGAAGCUAAUGUUGGAAUGGAUUAGAAAUGGGGCUGUUCAGCCUCUGGACCAACCCCAGGAAGAUGCUGAAGAGCAGCCAGUGUUUAAAAUUGUGCCCUGUGUACUUGAAGCUGCCAAACAAGUACGUUCUGAAAAUCCAGAAGGGCUCGAUGUUUACAUGCAUAUCUUACAGCUGCUUACCACAGUGGAUGAUGGAAUUCAAGCUAUUGUACAGUGUCCUGCUACAGGAAAAGACACUUGGAAUUUACUUUUUGACCUGGUCUGCCAUGAAUUUUGCCAAUCUGAUGAUCCACCCAUCAUACUUCAAGAACAGAAAACUGUGCUAGCCUCUGUUUAUUCAGUGUUGUCUGCCAUCUUUGCUUCACAGGCUGAACAGGAGUAUCUAAAGAUAGAAGAAGAUCUUCCUCUAAUUGACAGCUUGAUUCGUGUCUUACAAAACAUGGAACAUUGUCAGAAGAAGCCAGAGAACUCAGUAGACUCUAACACAGAAGAAACGAAAAAGUCUGAUUUAACCCAAGAUGAUUUCCACUUGAAAAUCUUAAAGGAUAUUUCAUGUGAAUUUCUUUCUAAUAUUUUUCAGGGUUUAACAAAGGAGACUGUGGCUCAGGGAGUAAAGGAGGGCCAGUUAAGCAAACAGAAGUGCUCCUGUGCAUUUAAAAACCUUCUUCCUUUUUAUAGUCCUGUGAUAGAAGACUUUCUCAAAAUUCUACAUGAAGUUGAUAAAACUCUUGCUGAUGACCUGGAGGAAAGCUUCCCAAGUUUGAAAGUUCAGACUUAA